UGUUAAUUCCACAAUUCCACAAAUAAAUAAUAAAACAAAUCCAGUUUUGGGAGGUGCGAUUACGGCAAGGUUUCUCUUUAACUUAACCCCAGGGUCGCUUUCAGGUUUUUGGUUCUCUUUGACACCUAAUAAUAAGUAACCGAUUUCACGAUUGAUCCAAUCUUUCCACGAAAUCAAAGCGAUUCUAGAGAGAGAAGAUCACGUAAUCAAAGAUAUUCUAGAGAGAGAGGGAGAGAACCUUCGAUUCUUGUUGUUCUUGAAAAUGUCUUCUAUCAGUAAUGAGUUCUUCAAUCUGAUUUGAAAGACUUCAUAUGAUUUGAAAAAAAAAUGGAGGAUGAAGGAAUGAUUCAAGGGGUGGAUAAAUUAACAACGCCUUCAUAUUUGGUCGUUGCUUUAGCCGUCAACGGAAAUAAAAAAACCAAAUAUGUGGUGAGAUGGGCAUUAGAUAAAUUCGUUCCUGAGGGUAUUCUUCUCUUCAAAUUGAUCCUUGUUCGCCCUAAAAUCACUCGAAUCCCAACACCCAUGGGUGUUGUUCCUGCUUCACAAGUUCGAGAUGAUGUAGUAAUUGCUUACAAAAAGGAAGCCGAAUGGCAAGCAUACGAAAAGCUUCUUCCUUUCAAGAACAUGUGUGCCAAGAAAAAGGUGCAGGUAGAAAUCUUGCAAAUCGAAUCAGAUGAUGUGGUGGAUGCUAUAAAACAGGAAAUUGUAAAAGGCAAUAUUAACAAGCUUGUGAUUGGAGCUUCAUCGAGUGGCAUGUUCUCGAGGGGGAAAGGUUUGUCGUCUAGAAUAUCUGAAAGCAUUCCGAGUUUUUGUACAGUGUAUGCGAUUUCAAAAGGGAAAUUAUCGUCACUCCGGGCUUCUGAUUCUGAUACCAUUGGAUCGAGUAAAGAUGAUAACAGUAGUGAUUCAAGUUCUGUCACCAACUCUUCAAGAACAGAGUGGACAGACCAAGGGUCAGCUGCUACUUCCUUUUCCCAGUUCUUUUCAACUUCACUACCAAUGCAACGAUUCGAAGCGCUUUCAUCUAUAAACCGGACCCUUCACCAAAGAACCAGUUCGUUCGAAAAUCCCGAGAAAAAUACCGACUUUUAUCGGGCAAAUAGUAACGAUUUCAGCGCCAGAAGCUUCGGGACUGAAAACCAUUCUUGGACAUCCGAUCAGGCUUCCAGCUCUUACGCCCAUUCAGAAUUUUCAACAGAAAUUCAGGGUAAUAAUGUCGAUUUUGAGCUGGAAAAACUUCGAGUUGAACUCCGACACGUUCGCGGGAUGUAUGCAAUUGCACAAAAUGAGUCUUUUGAUGCGUCCCGAAAGCUGAAAGAUCUUAAAGAACGACAGAUUGAGGAAUCUAUUAAGCUCAAGGAGUUAAAAGCUAAAGAAGAGGAAGCAAAAACGUUAGCUGAACAAGAGAAGCAGGAGCACGAAAAAGCUAAAAGACAAGCGGAAUAUGUAAAAGAAUGUCUAAGAAGAGAAGCUGCCGUGAGGAAAGAUGCAGAAGAGAAUGCGUUACAGGAACAUCGAGAGAAAGAAAAGCUUCUGGAUGCCAUAAUCGGGAGUUCUCCACACUACCAAAAAUUCACCUGGGAAGAAAUCGUGGAUGCUUGUUCUUCGUUUUCUGAAGAUCUUAAGAUAGGAACGGGAGGGAACGGAAUUGUGUACAAAUCGAGCUUUCAUCAUACAGUUGCUGCUGUGAAAGUUCUUCAUUCUCAGGAAGCUCACAGAACCAAACAAUUUCAGCAGGAGCUUGAAGUGUUGAGCAGAAUACGGCAUCCCCAUUUGCUGAUUCUUAUCGGUGCGUGUGUGGAUCAUGGUUGCUUAGUUUAUGAAUACAUGGAAAACGGGAGCUUAGACGAGAGAUUAUUUCGCAAAAACAACACACCUCCGAUUCCAUGGUUCGAUAGAUUCCGUAUCGCGUGGGAAGUAGCAUCAGCCCUAGUUUUCCUUCACAGCGCGAAGCCAAAAUCGAUUGUUCAUCGUGACCUAAAACCAGCAAACAUCUUACUCGAUAGAAAUCUCGUGAGCAAGAUCGGUGAUGUUGGUCUCUCUACAAUGCUUCAAUCAGACUCAUGUUCCACAAGCACCGUGUACAAGGACACGGGUCCCGCGGGAACGUUUUGUUACAUCGAUCCAGAGUAUCAACGAACGGGACUCGUUUCUCCAAAAUCAGACGUUUAUGCUUUGGGUAUGGUGAUUUUGCAGCUGCUGACAGCCAAACCGGCGAUAGGGAUAACAGAUGCUGUGGAAACUGCUAUUGAAGAUGAUGAGUUAGCCAUGGUGCUAGAUCCUGAAGCUGGUGAUUGGCCGAUUGAUGAGGCAAAAGAGUUGGCCGUUUUAGGGUUGAGUUGCACUGAAAUUCGCCGGAAAGAUAGGCCGGAUUUGAAGAAGACGGUCCUUCCGGUAUUGGAAAGACUGAAAGCGGUCACCGGUGACGCUCAAAGGAUCGCAUCCAUGACACGGACCACCCCUCCGAACCAUUUCAUAUGCCCGAUACUCAAGGAUGUUAUGGUUGAUCCUUGUGUUGCUGCUGAUGGUUACACGUAUGAUCGCAGGGCGAUGGAGAAAUGGUUGGAGGCGAGUGAUACUUCCCCCAUGACUAAUUUACCGUUACCGUGUAGAAGCUUAACGCCAAAUUACACACUUCUUUCCGCAAUAAUGGAAUGGAAAUCAAGUAAACAAUGAUUUGAGGAAGUAUUUUUGGUGGAAUCCCAUUUUUUAGGAUUGUUUAGUUUAGGUACAUAUAUUUUUGUUUGAGUUAGAUGCCAUUUUGGGUCUUGAAAAGAACCUUGGAGCUAAAAAAGCAUAUAUAAAUGUUAUAAAUGUAUAUAUUUUGACUUCAAAACAUGUACCAAAUACCGUGAAUAGUACAUGAUGAGCUUGUGACUAUAAAACAAGAUUCAAGGAUAAGAAGCCAAACGAUGUGCUUGAUAUGUACAAGUAUGUAUUGGUGUGUACAAUCAAGAAAAUAAUGUGAGUGAGUUUUUUUGGUGCA